AGUCAGUAGUCCGGACUACCCGACCGUCAGCGCGGACUCAGUCUCUCUCUCUCUCUCUCUUUCUCUCUCUUACUCUUUAAGUGCCUCUCGUCCUCUCUCCCGUCCCUCCCUCACUCCUCUCUCCUUCACUCAUUCUUGAUCAAGCUGUCUCGCUCUCGCUCUUCUCUUCUCCACCUCCACCGGAGAGAUCUGCGACGGCACAACCACCACCACCACCACCGUCGGCAGCGGCGGCGAGCGCUGCCGCCGUCGCCACCACCUCCUUUACCUCCUCCUCCUCUUCCUCCUCCUCCUCCUUCCUCCUCCUCCUCCUUCCGCUUCUCUCUGCGGUCCUCGCGGUCCACGCUCUUCCUUAAUUCAGUCCAAUGAGAGCCGCUCUUCGAUUCGUCACACCCGCCGACAAAUCUCUUUCCAUUCUUCUCUGUUUUCCUCUCUCCUUCUCUGUCACGCAUCCCGUCCUCGCAGAGAAUCGCCGCGAAUUUUCGAAAAAGCGACAACGGGCCGUUCUCCAUUCACUCCCGCGACGUCGAUUUCCCCGAUUUGUCCGAGCGAUCGCGAUCGCGAUCCGCACGACGCAAGUGCGUCGCGAUGCGUCGCAACAACGCGAUAACGUGGUAAACUUGCAGCGGGUGCAUCCGUACGGAUAAAUUUGCGGUGCAUCCUUCGCGCGCCGGAUGGGACACGCCGAGCGCGCUGCCGCUGCCGCCGCCGUCGCCGCCGCCGAGCAGGAAGAGGAUCCUCGCGGAGGAUGGACGCUCGUCACUCCGCGAGUUUAUUUUGACGACGGUUCACCGUGAGUUACGCGCGCCGUGAGCUACGAUGCUCGCGCGAAAGGUGCGAGGAACGGCUGCUGCAUCGUAAACACGCAGUGAGAUACAGUGGGCGAUUUCUCGCGAGAGGGACGUUCAUCGAAACGCUGGCGAACGCGCGGUUCGAUCCACGCGAUCCUUCUUAUCGCGAACGACCGCAAGAGGAUCGUUAAGAUCGACUGCGUCUCGUCUUUCUGCGCGUUACGCGCUGCAUCUUUGAAUCUGCGAUCUCUCGAGUGAACAUCGCCAGGCGGACGCGAAGCGGCCGACGAUCCCCCGUUCGCGGGCGAUUUAACGAGCCGCUGAAACCGCGGAGGAGGAACGGCUGGCUCUUCCUAGAGGAUGCGAGGAAGGAUUUCGCCUCUCGCCGAGGAAACAUGUCCCGCGGCGGUCGUCGCAACGCGCGAACCGGUUGCGCGCUCUUAAAAUAGUUUCUCACGCGCGUAGGUAACUGGCGCGCACCGCCGCGCCGCGCCGCUGGAACACACGAGACGCCGCCGGAGUAGUGCCAGGAUGACGAGUUGGUACGUGUUAUUCGUCGCGGCCACCGUCGGGAUUCUGUUGCUGACGACCGCGACGAAACGCUCGGAAGCGUGCAACGAGGCGAUCUGUGCCAGCGUCGUGAGCAAGUGCAUGCUCACGCAGAGCUGCAAGUGCGACCUGGUCACCUGCACCUGCUGCAAGGACUGCUUCUCGUGCUUGAGCUAUCUGUACGACGAGUGCUGCUCGUGCGUAGAUCUAUGCCCGAAACCGAAUAUCACGGACAACCCGUUGAGCAGGAAAUCUCACGUGGAGGACUUCAAGGAGCCGGUGCCAGCGCUCUUUCAGGCACUCACGGCCGAAGCGGAUCCACACGAGAGAUGGCUCACAUUCACAUAUCCAGUAGACUUUGACAUAGCGGUGUUCGCGCCGAAACACGAGAAUGAAAUGAAAUAUCAUAUGCAAACCGCAAACGAGGAACUGCAUCCAUUAAAGCCGAACGUGAUGACGGUAAACUGUACGGUCGCGUUCAUGGCGCAGUGCAUUUCCUGGCACAAGUGUCGGGCGUCCUGCCAGAGCAUGGGCGCCUCGAGCUACAGGUGGUUCCACGACGGCUGUUGCGAGUGCGUAGGCGACACGUGCAUCAACUACGGUAUCAACGAGUCGAGAUGCGCUCUGUGCUCACAGGGAAAUGACGAUCCCGAAUCCGCCGACCUGAAGGACCCGCAGUACGACGAUUACGGUCAGGAUGAGGACGAGCUGGGCGAGGACGCGGUGGAUUAGCGAAAUUGCAUUCGCGAUUCCGUCCAUUUCCCUCGGCAUUUUUCUAUUCCAAAUAUAUAUGCAUAAAUGUAUGCAGUGAGGGAGAAAAAUGUUGGCGUGAAAGACAUUCCGACGCGAUAACGAUCGCGAAAUUGAUUCUUAUUGUAAAGAAUUCAUCGUUUUAUUCGUGGCAAUAAAAGUGAGACUCUAAUCUCGGUAUAUGUUUGGAGUUUUAUCCGUCGUUUAGCAUUUACGAUUUACGAAGGUAAUGAGUAAAGCUGCGAUUUGGAAUUGCCCUGCACGGGCGUGCGUGUUUCAUAAUUUGGUUCUUUGAAUACAGCGAUUCGAUCGAAACCAACUUGAAACAGUUUCGAAAAUCGAUAUCGCGAUUGUGAUGAAGCUUGCAAGUGUAAGCCCCAAUUUCAGAGCUUCAAAAGGGAUUUUAUAUAUGAUGAACUUUUUUAGUUUAAGAUACGAAGUCGCCGACUAUCGACAACGUGGGAAUAUGAUAAAAUAUAAUACGUGUUGUCCCGAGAAAAAAUUCUUCAUAUAUAAUUAUAUGUAAUUAUAUGUCAAAUACGUUCAUCAUGUAAAAAUAUAUAAUUACAUGUUGAAAAUUUUUUCCCGGGGUGUGUCGAGCGCGAACGCGACCAAGCGCGGCCUGGUCUUUGUAUAUGACUGCAACAGUAUAAUAUUGUAAAUGUAGCCUCUUGUUUCUUUUUACCAAGAAUGCACUCGGUCAACGCUAGGUUAUACAUGUAACAUCGAAAAUCUUUAUUAUCGCGUUCGUGCCAUAAGUAAAAUUGUACAUAUAACCGAUCACUCUCGAUCAGAUCGCGUCGAGAUCGCUUUACAUAUGCAGGACCCCCCUCGAAAUUCUUCUGGGAAAGAAUAUUGUAGAUAUUACGGUACCGCUGAUAAAUUUCCGGACAUUCCGCAAAAUGAUGCUGAACGCGCCUGUGGGAAGUUUUAAAACAUAUUCACUUACCAUACGAUGAAGUUUAAUCUUAUCUUAUCUAGAAAUAUUGUAUAUGUAAAGGCUAUUUAAUGUUUGUAAAAGAGGCACAUGAGGGAAAAAUGAUAAGUUGAUAUUUUCCAAAAAAAAGAAACGUUUAAAGUAAAAAUUGCAGAUAGAUUAACGAUAAUUCUAUUUUAUUUGACUUUUAUUUAUGUAAUACGCAGAUGUAUCGAAUUCUAUUUAUGUAAUAUCGGACAUGUAUGAAGUGUUCGAAAAUUUACGAGCGGUAGAGCACUGCGUAUCUCCAGGGCAGUUUUAAUGUACACGCAGCAGCGCGAUUAGGACGACGUAAGACGCGACAUCUCACAGAGAGAAAAAACAAUAUCAACUAAUAUUACAAUGCAUUAUUAUUUAAUUAAUUUAUUCGAGUAUUGCAUAAAAAAGAAGCAGAUUGGAUUUCAAAAGUAUUGAUAAUUUUAAGUUUUAAAAAGGUUUAAAAAGGCUUUCAGAAGGUUUAAAAUUAAGAAUAAAAUUAAGAAUAACCUGAGGAAUCCUGAUCAUUUUUUUAAUAAGAUACUUUAGUAUUUCCUCAAAUACAUUUUGCAAAUUUUAUCUGUGGCGUUUUACGAUCGGACAAUGUUUGAUAUAUUUUUAAUUUUAUAUUGUUAGUGAUACUUUUCUUAUUUUCAACGGUAUUUAAUAUGAUUUUACGCAAUUUACACGUAUUUUAUACACAUAUGUUCAAUUUACUUUAUUGUUAUCUAUCAAUGAUGGUAAUACAUUGCAAUGUUAAUUUCGAUCAUGUUUUUUUUUGUUUUUUCUCUCAUUGUGAGCGUCUCUUUGAGUGGAAUGUGAUAUGCUUCGGGAUCGAUUCAGUAAGGAUAUUUAAUGAGAUGCGUGCACGAAGACACUCUCAAGAUUCGCGCUAUCCAGUGCGACGGAGCACGGGAAUAACGGUCACAUGCGCGUGCACUUUGGUAUAACUCGAGCUGGGAAUUUGAGGGAACGAAGAAUAAUCUUCGUAAAUGAGCGAAACGAUACUCCUCAGUUGGAUCAUGCGUACAUCUGUAUAUACGAAUUUUAACAACAUACAGAACGUCCAUUUUUUUUAACGUAGAAAUGGAGCUACACCUCGUAUUAUUUAACGGUUUAAUAAAAAUUCUUUAAAUUUGA